AAACAGGGUGAAGUCCGGUGUGUCUUCAAGGACAGUUUCAAAAUCUCUCAAGACAGUGAUUUUAUAGUUCACCAGCCAGCUAUUUGUGAAGAUGUGUACUCAUACCAACAUGAAGAUGGACCGGGCCCUGACCGGCAAAACCUUGCAUUUGAUCUUGCAAAUGGAUUGAAAACCCCCUGGAACGCUAAAAUUCUUGAUCUCCUGCUUAAGGAAUUGCAAAACAGGUGUGUGCAA